GGAGAGAGGAGGUGGUUUUAGCACCGCUUCAAGAACCAGAGAGAAGACAAGAUAUUCAGCCGGUGUGAAAAUCAUGGACGAAUACGACGAUUAUUCCUACUCGGGAGAUUACCCCAACGCCUCCUCCUCCUACUCUCCCUUUGAGGAAAUCUACUGCGACGUUCCUCAUUUGCCGUGGGGCUGGAUCGUGCGCUGCAUCCUGUACUGCGUGGUCCUCUCGCUCGGCGUGCCGGGCAACGUGCUCCUCAUGGGGGCGCUGUGGGUCCGGCACCGCUUUCACUGGAGGCCCGUGGAGCUCUUCAUGAUCAAUCUGGCUUUCUCCGACCUGCUCUUCCUCCUGGUCCUGCCCCUCUGGCUGGACAGCGAGAUCUCCGGAGGCCGGUGGCGCACCGGUUGGUUCUCCUGCCUGGCGAGUUCCUACACGGCCUCCCUGAACAUGCACGCUGGCAUUUUCUUUCUCACCGCCAUGAGCGUUGACAGGUACCUAGCGGUGGUGCGCUCUGACAUCUACCGACGAAUCACGCACGUUUACAACAAGAACCUGAUCUCCGCGGCGUGCUGCGUCUCCGUGUGGAUUGUCUCCGUGCUCCUGGCCCUCCCCGUGCUGUUCGAGCGAGAGCACGCGAAGACCUACGACUCCUGGCGCUGCCGCAACGCGGAUCCUUCCCAGCGCCGCCUCGCCUCCCCCCUCCUCGGCUCCGCGGCUUUCUUUCUGCCAUUGCUUAUCGUUCUCUACUGCUAUUGCUGUAUCACCAAGACGCUGUGCCACCACUAUCACCGGACGCUCACGCAGGACAAGAAGCUGCGGCGUUCUUUCCGCAUCGUCUUCCUGGUGGUCGCCGUGUUCGUUUUCUCCUGGGUCCCCUUCAAUGCUUUCAAGCUGCUGGCUGUGGUCGAGGAAAUGUCCCUCCGCCGUUCCUGCCUGGCGACAAAAGUCGCUCAACUCGGACUGCAGGUCACCGUGCCCCUCGCUUUCGCCAACAGCUGCGCUAACCCGGUCAUCUACGCCUGUACCGACGCCUCGUUGCGCCAGGCGGCACUCAAGGGUUUUUGCCCCCGGCUCCACGCCGUGUUUGAAACGGGGAGCGUCUCGCGUACGUCGGACACCAGUCUGCCCCACAGUCAGCUGUCGUGGAGAGACAGAGAUAGGCAGGGCAAUUCUAUAAGCCUCGUGCAGCUGAGGGGUUAGGAUGAAUGGUGUAGUAAUAAUAAAAGGGAAGCUGAGUCACGUGACUCGUGUCUCCCGCACGAUUGGCUGAUUCAGUCAGUCAGUCCUCCUGAUGCAAUGAAAAGAGCGCGAGGAAAUGUUUUUUUUUUUUAUUUAUUAAGAACUAUUUCUUUUAAGACGAAGACGACAACGCAUGACUUGACUGUGGAACCAAACACAAGCGAAGCCACACACACACACACACACACACACACACACACACACAGACACACACACAGACAAACACACUGACACACACACUGACACUCACACAGACACACACACACACACACACACACACACACACGCUGACACACACACUGACACACACUGACACACACUGACACACACACUGACACUCACACACACACUGACACACACUCACACACACACUGACACACACACACACACUGACACACAGACACACACACCGACACACACUGACACACACACAGACACACACACACACACAGACACACACACACAGACACACACACGCUGACACACACACUGACACUCACAGAGACACACUCACACACACACUCACACACACACUCACACACUGACACACACACACACACACACUGACACACACACACUGACACACACACACACACUGACACUCACACACACACUGACACACACUGACACACACACACACUGACACACACACACACUGACACACACACACACUGACACACAGACACACACUGACACACAGACACACACACUGACACACAGACACACACACUGACACACACUGACAAA